CGAACGAUCUCUUGUGUAAGUUCUGAUCCGUCUGAAUCAAUUUGGCCCGGUGAGCGUCUGAUUCAAAAUCUUUCCAUUAUCUCUCGAAAGGAUGGAACCAUCCAAGGCCAACGAUGGCGACAUCCUCCAUGAAUUCUUCCCCUUCUUCAGAGUAUACAAAGACGGGCGCGUCGAAAGACUAAUGCCGAUGGAGAAACUGAAAGUUCCCCCGUCCGAGGACGCGGAGGUCCGGUCCAAGGACGUCACCAUCUCCUCGGAUCCUACGGUCUUGGCUCGCGUCUUCAUGCCCCGUGGGGCCGGCCUGGACGAGAGGCUCCCGGUCCUAAUUUACAUCCACGGCGGAGGCUUCUCCAUAGGGUCUGCCUUCCACCAGGGGUACCAUGAGUACGUGAGCUGGCUCGUGGCAAAAGCCCGUGUCAUCGCCGUUUCUAUCGAGUACCGUCUCGCCCCGCAGAACCCGAUUCCCGCGUGCUAUGACGAUGCGUGGGCCGCGACCCAAUGGGCGUUGGGACAUGCCAACGGGAACGGCCCCGACCAGUGGCUGACCGAGCACGGGGAUUUCGGGCGGGUGUAUAUAGCGGGGGAUAGCGCUGGAGCGAAUAUAUCCCACAACGUGGCUGUCCGGACUGGGCGCGCCGGGGUUCCUGCUGGUGUUAGGAUAGUGGGGGUGGCCAUGGUGCACCCCUACUUUGGAGGGACCGCCGACGACACGAUGUGGCUGUACAUGUGCCCCGAGAACAGCGGGUUGGCAGAUCCGAGGCUGAAGCCGCCGCCGGAGGACCUGGCCGUGAUCGGGUGCGAGAAGGUGUUGGUGUUUGUGGCUCAGAGGGAUCCCCUGAGGGGCUCAGGCCUGUGGUACCACGAGGAGCUGAAGAAGAGCGGAUGGGGCGGGAGUGUUGAGAUUGUGGAGCAUGAAGGCGAGAGCCAUGCGUUCCAUCUCUUGAAGCCUCACUGCGACAAGGCUUUGGAUUUGAAGGACAAGUUGGUGGCUUUCCUUAGGGGAACCAUAACGGCAAAAGAAUAGUGGAAGUGGAAAUCAACUGAGGAGAGGCUUAGUCAUUUUCUUGAAUAACUAUAUGAACGCCAGAUUGAUCUAUGGUUUGACUUUUAUUUGAUCAUUUACACGCACAAUGACCUGCUUCUCUA